AUGGCAGCUGGGGACUCGAGCCGGGUCCAGGAAGCGCAGAAGCUUUUAAAGACGGACCCAAGAAAGGCAGAGGCUAUUUACAAGGAGGUUGUAUCUCAGGCUCCUGCGGCGACGUCAGAUGCGGCGACGCGCGAGUACGAACAAGCUUUAAUCAGCUUGGGAGAGCUGUACAAGGAUGAGAAGAAAUCACAAGAGCUGGUAGAGCUCGUGCGACAGAGUCGCUCGGUUCUGUCGUCGUUUGCCAAGGCAAAGUCGUCAAAGCUGAUCCGCCAACUCUUGGAUCUCUUCAAGGAGAUCCCCAACAGUACCGACAUCGAAGUCGCCGUCACGAGAGACUGUAUCGAAUGGGCCACAGCUGAGCGUCGAGCCUUCCAACGCCAGGACCUUGAGGUCCGCCUGGUCGCGCUGCAAAUGACCAAGCAGUCCUACUAUGAGGCGCUAACUCUGAUCAACGGUCUGCUCCGCGAGCUGAAACGUCUGGAUGACAAGCUGCGCCUUGUCGAGGUACAACUUCUGGAAUCGCGCGUCUACCACGCCCUCGGCAACAUCCCCAAGGCUCGCGCAGCCCUCACGAGCGCACGGACGAGCGCCGCAAGCGUCUACACACCACCGCUCCUACAGGCCAACCUCGAUAUGCAGAGUGGUAUGCUUCACGCAGAAGAUAAGGACUUCAACACUGCUUUCUCUUACUUUAUCGAGGCCCUGGACGGCUACCACUCCCAGGACGAAAGUCACAAGGCUCAGGCCGCCCUGCAGUACAUGUUGCUCUGCAAGAUUAUGCUGAACCUCGUCGACGAUGUCAACCAGCUCAUGACAUCGAAGCAGGCCGUCAAGUACGCCGGCCAGAACCUGGAGGCGAUGAAAGCUAUCGCACGCGCCCACGGCAACCGCUCUUUGGAGGAGUAUGAGCGCGCUCUAUCUACCUACCGCUACGAGCUUGGUAGCGACGCCUUCAUCCGCAACCACCUCCGCCGCCUUUACGAUGCCAUGUUGGAGCAGAACCUAAUCAAGGUCAUUGAGCCUUUUUCACGCGUGGAAAUUGACCACAUUGCCAAGAUGGUCGGCCUCGACACCCAGCAGGUUGAGCGCAAGCUGUCGCAGAUGAUCCUGGACAAGGUCAUUAUUGGCGUUUUGGACCAGGGUGCUGGGUGCCUCAUCAUUUACGACGAGACACAGCGUGAUCAGUCUUACGACGCAGCCCUGUCGACGAUUGACAAGCUGAGUAACGUUGUUGAUGUUCUGUACACUAACCAAGCCUCGUUGCUGGAGUAA